GCAUCCUGCAGAGGAGAAGCGAAUGUCAUAAUGGCGGUAAAAUGACUUGGAAUCCAGUUAAACCCUUCAUCUGCCUAUGUAAAGAGGGGUACGAAGGAGAGCUUUGUGAAAAAGGUAACACAUGGUAUCCCAGAAAGAAUGCUCCCUAUAUACUAGUCAACAUUUACGACCUUCUUAAACGAUUGUCAGAUACAUGUCAGCCUAACUGACUCUUUCUAAACUUGUAUACUUUUAUUAUUUUACCAGACACCGAUGAAUGUUCCGAGAAAUCGAAAAAUAAAUGUGACAUGAACGCAAAUUGUACUAACACUCCAGGUUCCUACAAUUGCCUGUGCCACACUGGAUUCUUGGGAAAUGGAAAAAGCUGUAGAGGUAUGUACGUAACCGGUCGGGGCGGGCAACAAUUUUCACUUUGAAGCAAAAAAAUAAGUAGAGAUUUUACGUUAAAAAUAAUUUAAGCUGCAUGCAGAGUUCUGAACCGAUUGAAGCCCCUUGAUCACAUAUUUAGGUGAUGAUAACAAACAGCAGCGGUGUCCAGGAGAUACAACUAUGAACUACCGGCUAAAAACUCAAAGUGAACGAAUAUCCUUGAAAUAAAUUAAAUGAGUGUCAGAUAAAUGUCAUUCUGACUGAUAUUCCUAAAUUUGAUUAAUUUUAUUAUUUUACAAGACAUCGACGAAUGUUCCAAGGAAUCAACAAAUCAAUGCAACUCAAACGCAGAUUGUUUCAACAUUCCUGGUUCGUACAACUGUAGUUGUUCUACCGGAUAUAGAGGAUGGAAACUAAUUUGUACAGGUAUAAAAUAUUUUAAAAUUGGAUCUUCGCACGUGUUUUAAUUUUCGACACUAUAUUUCGAUAAAAUUGCACUUCCUUUAGGCAAUCAACAUU